AUGAAGAACAAACUUCAAGUGUAUCUGAUAUUCUUCUUCUUCUUCUCUGUAACUAAUAGUUUCUCAGUUGCUUCUUCAUUGUCUAUUGAAGGUUGGAUUCUUCUCCCGCUUAUUGACAGUAAAGAAGGACAAGCUUUGAAAUCAAUCAAAGCGUCACUUAUAGAUGUUGACAAUGUAUUGCACGGUUGGGAUGAAGAAGACAACAAGGAUUAUUGUUCUUGGAGAGGUGUUCAAUAUCUUGAAAAUACCGUUUCCGCAGUUUUACUAUUUUUGGAAGGGAAUCGUUUAAGUGGACAAAUUCCAGAUGAAAUGGGAAAUUGUCUAGGCCUGCAAUAUCUAAACUUAAAUGGAAACUAUUUGAGUGGCAUACUGCCUCCUAAGAUUUUCAAAUUAACAAGCCUCUGGGAUAUUGGAGGCAACCAGAUCACGGGGAAAAUUCCUUCAAGUAUUGGUUUUUACAACAUUUUGGCUUCUUUAGACAAUGAAGUUGUUGGGGAAAUUCCUUACAGUAUUGGCUUUUUGCAACAAUUGGGGUUUUUAAAACUUCAAGGUAAUAGGCUGAAUGGGAAGAUUCCAGAGGCAAUCGGUUUGAUGCAAGCCCUUGGCCUACUAAAUCUCUCGUCAAAUGAUUUCGAAGGACAAAUCCCUUCCGAGGUUGGGAGAAUUAUAAAUCUUGAAACACUUACACUAUCAUUAAAGAUGAAGAACAAACUUCAAGUGUAUCUGAUAUUCUUCUUCUUCUUCUCUGUAACUAAUAGUUUCUCAGUUGCUUCUUCAUUGUCUAUUGAAGGUUGGAUUCUUCUCCCGCUUAUUGACAGUAAAGAAGGACAAGCUUUGAAAUCAAUCAAAGCGUCACUUAUAGAUGUUGACAAUGUAUUGCACGGUUGGGAUGAAGAAGACAACAAGGAUUAUUGUUCUUGGAGAGGUGUUCAAUAUCUUGAAAAUACCGUUUCCGCAGUUUUACUAUUUUUGGAAGGGAAUCGUUUAAGUGGACAAAUUCCAGAUGAAAUGGGAAAUUGUCUAGGCCUGCAAUAUCUAAACUUAAAUGGAAACUAUUUGAGUGGCAUACUGCCUCCUAAGAUUUUCAAAUUAACAAGCCUCUGGGAUAUUGGAGGCAACCAGAUCACGGGGAAAAUUCCUUCAAGUAUUGGUUUUUUACAACAUUUUGGCUUCUUCGAUGCAGUAGACAAUGAAGUUGUUGGGGAAAUUCCUUACAGUAUUGGCUUUUUGCAACAAUUGGGGUUUUUAAAACUUCAAGGUAAUAGGCUGAAUGGGAAGAUUCCAGAGGCAAUCGGUUUGAUGCAAGCCCUUGGCCUACUAAAUCUCUCGUCAAAUGAUUUCGAAGGACAAAUCCCUUCCGAGGUUGGGAGAAUUAUAAAUCUUGAAACACUGAUUCUAACAAACAACAGUUUUCAUGGGGAAGUCCCAUCUAAAUUAACCAACUUUUCUAGACAAGAUAACCAGGAUCUCUCAGAAACAUUUUUCUCAGGCCGCGUUCUUCCUAACAAAAACUUCUCAAGUUUUUCUGUUAAGUAUGUUCUGAAUCCUUUGCCAUGUGGCAAUUGGUCGGAAUCAUGUUUGGGACCACAAAUUGAAGAUCCCAUUGAAGAAUCCACAGGUCUUCCCAGAUCCCGGGUUCUGUUAAUAACUUUCAGUUGCAUCGCACUGUGGUGCACCAAAGAAUCCUUAGCUCCUCCACCAGGCUCAGUACCAUCUUUCUAG